UGCAAUCUGUACCAGUAGUUGGAACAGUUAAAAUCUUUCUUCUUUUCUUUACAAUUAUUAAAAACUUUAAAAAAUAUUGCAAAUUUUAAAGAAGUAAAAUGGACUGAACACCCACCAUUGUAAUGGUUUAGAAAAAAAAAUAAAAAAAUCAGCAUAAUUAGUGAAGGAAAAAAAGAAACAAAAAAUUUGUCCAAAUUAGACCAAAAUUGACUAUAAAACAACCUCUUCUCUCUCUGCUUUACAUGCUCCUCAACUCCAACUCCACCCACACUCUCCCAUCAGUACUCUGUUUCUUCUCUUCCUUUUUUUUUUCUCUUCAGAAUGCCGCAGCACUGCUCUGUUCCUCUUCUAUUUUGAGGUGGUAGAAAGAAACAGAAGAGGGAUUUCUGAAAAGGAAACCGCAUUGCUUUGUUUUAGCCCAGUUCAAUUCAGAGCAGUGAGUGUGUGACUCUGUGUUUUUUGGUAUGCCAAAAACAGAGGCGGCAGAUCUGUUGAGUUAAAACAAGUCAUCCCUUAAUCCCUUUCCCCUGUUUUUUUUCCCCUUUUUGUUCAUUUUACUCUGUUUUUCAAUUGUUAACAAAAAAUGGCUGCGAUUUCUGGGGAAAAUCUGAUUCCGGAGUCGUUUAACGUGAGGGGACCGGCGGGUGACAUUGCGGCGCAAAUUGGGUUGAUAUGGGAAUUGGUCAGGACGCCAUUGAUUGUUCCCCUGUUGCGGGUGGCCGUCUAUCUGUGUUUGGCAAUGUCCCUGAUGCUGUUCUUCGAGAGGCUGUACAUGGGAAUCGUCAUCGUUCUGGUGAAGCUUUUCUGGAAGAAGCCUGAUAAGAGAUACAAAUGGGAGCCAAUGAGGGAUGAUUUGGAGAUUGGGAAUGCAGCUUUUCCCAUGGUUCUUAUCCAAAUCCCUAUGUUCAAUGAAAGAGAGGUGUAUAAGAUCUCCAUUGGAGCUGCAUGUAACCUUUCCUGGCCUGCAGAUCGUAUCGUGAUUCAAGUUCUUGAUGAUUCCACCGACCCUGUAAUCAAGGAAAUGGUUGAGAAAGAAUGCCAUAGGUGGGCAAGCAAAGGCAUUAAUUGCAGGUACCAAAUUAGAGAGACUCGGGGAGGGUACAAGGCCGGUGCACUAAAAGAAGGAUUGAAGCAUGAUUACGUUAAGGAUUGUGAGUACGUGGCGAUUUUCGACGCCGAUUUCCGGCCGGAACCCGACUUUCUCCGGCGAGCUAUCCCUUUCUUGAUGCACAAUUCCGAUAUCGCACUUGUCCAAGCUCGUUGGAGGUUUGUGAAUGCUGAUGAAUGCUUGUUGACAAGGAUGCAAGAAAUGUCAUUGGAUUACCAUUUCACCGUUGAGCAAGAAGUGGGAUCAUCCACUCAUGCAUUUUUUGGCUUCAAUGGCACCGGUGGGAUAUGGAGAAUCGCGGCUAUCAAUGAUGCCGGUGGCUGGAAAGACAGGACAACAGUGGAGGAUAUGGAUCUUGCUGUAAGAGCUGGUCUUAAAGGCUGGAAAUUUGUGUAUCUUGGGGACCUUCAGGUGAAAAGUGAGCUUCCAAGUACAUUCAAAGCCUUCCGUUUUCAGCAGCAUCGCUGGUCGUGUGGCCCUGCUAAUUUGUUUAGGAAGAUGUUCAUGGAAAUUGUAAUGAACAAGAAACUUGCAAUCUGGAAGAAGAUAUAUGUGAUCUACAGCUUCUUCUUUGUUCGAAAAGUGAUUGCUCACAUGGUCACCUUUUUCUUCUACUGUGUUGUUCUUCCCCUGACUAUUUUGGUCCCUGAAGUUGAUGUUCCAGUGUGGGGCGCCAUUUACAUACCCUGUGUCAUUACCACCUUGAACUCAGUUGGAACCCCAAGGUCAAUUCAUCUGUUGUUCUACUGGAUUUUGUUCGAGAAUGUGAUGUCGCUGCACCGAACAAAGGCUACAUUCAUCGGUUUGUUGGAGGCCAAAAGAGCUAACGAAUGGGUUGUCACUGAAAAGCUCGGAGAUACCCUGAAAAACAAAUCAAAAGAGAAAGGAAAACCAAAGAAGAUAGGAUUCAAGAUUGGAGACAGGUAAACUUACAUUUCUUUUUAUCAUCAUCAUUUCAUCACCCCCUUUAGCUAUUUCAUGAUCAGAGGUAAUUUCUGACUUAUACUGAUAUUGCAGAAUUCAUCUACUGGAGUUGGGAUUCGCGGUAUUCCUUUUCUUCUGCGGAUGCUAUGAUUAUCUAUAUGGACACAAGUUCUACUUCGUUUACAUUUUCCUUCAAGUGAUAACCUUCACUAUAGCUGGAUUCGGGUACAUUGGUACAAUAGUGCCAUCUUAGUGGCAAAGAGGAGUAAUCAAGAUUUACAAGCAAGCAAACAUAUGUCAACAGCAGAAGGAGGAAUCUCUCUUACAAUUGCAUUCUUUUCUGGUCUACACAAACAAAGUGUGCAUACAAACAAAAAGCCCCCUUCUUCAUUCAAGGUUUUGAGUUAAACCCAAAAGGCCAAAAACUCAAAAUCUCCAUUUGCAUUUUUUAGGAAGGAAUCCCCCAAGAGAUAUUGUCAGAAAUUAUAAGCAGUUCUAUAUAGUUCAGGAUUGAGAGGAAUAGUUGAAGGUCAGCCAGAAACCUCAGAUAUAGAUUAGAUAAACAGAUAAAUUAAUGUUUGUUUUACUAUAAGUAAUUGUAAUUGCGUGACAGUUGUGCUUAAAACAUCUUCAAACCAUUUGGCUUUCCAGCUUUUUUUCAGCUUGAUAGAGAAUGAUAAAUCUGAGGGCUACAGCCAACAGGAUGAAUAUGUAUGUAUUCAAAGUUUUGUUUACCUUUUCCCCUCGUCUUAAUCCAACAUAGCAUGGCAGAGCAAUAGUUCAAUGUAUAAAUGAAGAAUUUUCAAAUUAGUCAUAAUUGUAUCCGAUUUUUUGUUAUCUUCUUUUUAGGUAACAAGUAGAAGGCCUUGCCUGUGAACUAAAUUACUAUUUUUACAGAGGCAGAGGUAAACUAUCCAAUUAUACAAUGCUGAAAAUAUUGUUUCUUCCCAUAUCAAAGGUAACGCUAGGCGAUAAACACCCGUGAGACUAUGAGAUGUGACGUUGCUAAGUUGGCUGCCGCAAAAUUUUUGUCAUUAAUUUUUUUUUUUUUCCUUUUAGACUUUUAGACA